UGCUAUGGAAAUGAUUAUUUUGCCACAAACAGAGAAUUAUGACCUACAGUAAAGAAUAAGCAGCAGAAGCCAAUGAACUCUUGGAAAAUAACUUAGUCUUGCUGACACCAAAAUAAGACUAACACUAUUAAAACUGGAAGCAAAGUUGUCCAAAGUUUUUCAUGAGGCAGAUUAAAUAUGAUAAUGUAUGUAAAGAACAUGGACCACAUGAGCUGUCCCUGUGCCAUCAUGAAGUCAGACCACAAAGCCCUUCUACCAUGAAGGUGAGCCGUGAAGUCUAUUGCCCAGGGAUUGGGGACGUUUGUAUUAAAGAAGGUUUUGGAGUACAGAAGCAGGAAGAUGUGUUGUGGAGAUGCUGUUGGCAGAAACAACUGACCUUGACUAAACAAACCAAGAGUUCCUGCAGGAGCAGAGGCCACUGGGUGGAGGCUGAUGCCCUUGCACAGGCUUGGGCAGCUCUUCUCCACGUGUCCGUGUGGCUCACUUCCUCACCUACUUCAGGGCUCUGCUCACAUGUCACCUCCUCGAGGAGGCCUUCCUUGACUACCCUGUCCUCACUCCCAACGCUUACCCCUGCAUUCUCUGUCCCUCUCACUCUGCUGUGGUUUAUCCUACCUGACAUAGAACAGAUUUAUCUCCCUGUUGUCUAGCAGGCUUUUAUCUAGUUCUGCUUUGCUGGACUGUAUCAAGUAAGUCCCAGUUCCUGGACUUCAUCACUCAGAAAGGGUGGAACACAUGAAAAUGGGAUUUUCCUGUUCCCACUACAGCACUUUCUUGUGGAUACCACAUCUUCCCACAUGCAAUAUUCCAUUCCCAUCUCACUCUUACCUCUUGCCGAGCUAUUUUCUCAGCGCGUGAGUCUCUGAAUGGAAAAUCUACUGCUUUGUGCCCUCCUUGAGGAUAAGCUUCACCAGAGCAGUCUAUAUUGUUGUUGCUGUUGUUGUUGUUUAUUGCUGUAUUCCUAGCUUCUAGAACAGUGCCUGGCAUGGCACUCAGUGGCAUGAAUAAAUUUAUGAGUAUAUAUAAUGGACAAGUUUGGGAGAAGAAAAUUAGUUUGGAAACAGGAGAGUUUAGUGGGAGAGACAAGGCCCUGACUACUUCAAAAAGCAGCAGUACUGUAAGAGGACAGAGUUUCUACUUUUCUGCCCGGCGUAGGACUUGUACUGGACUUUCAACUUGAAUUCAUGUAGCAAGAUGGUGGUGGUAAAAAGAUAAAGGCAUUUCUACUUCGGUAGACAGUUUCUUUUUCUGGAGACAAGACUUGAGAAGGCCUACCAGAUUCUGGCAGUGAGUUGACUGUACUUGUUUUCAGCAUUAUGAAUUUUUGCCUUCAUAUGAAUUUUAGUAGGGAGUUGAGCAAUGCUUCCAUCCAGAUUUCCAUUUCAAAUUGGGUAUCUAUUUGCACCUUUAAUUCAUGUAACAAAUACUUCACAGAGAAUACAAAGUUGAACUAUGGGCAGCUCAAUUCAUCCCCCAAAGGCAGACAAGAGAUGGCAGGUCCAAGUUAUGCCUAUACUACACAGUAGAGAUUGCAUUUUAAGUGUUUUGUCAUUGCUUCCAAGUUCAUACAAAUGCUUCUUACUAAUUUAUUUUGGCCACAUUCACUAUUCUUAUUUGGUACUCAUUAGUGAGUUUUUACUCUUUUAAAGAAAAGAAACCUCCAGAUUAACUAAAACAUUUAAAUAUGAAUUGUAUGUAGGCUUUAUUCAUUUAUAAAAUGCAAAGAAAUUAAGAUUAAAAGGAAAAUCACAUCAAAACCCAGAGACAUAAAUAAAAUGCAUUUAAAUGAUUCUUCAGUAGUUUAUUGAUGCUGAGAUAGUUUUUUUUUUCCCUUGAAAAUAUAUAAAAUUUUCUUUUCAUCUUUCCUGAAGCAUAUCCAAAUAAUUUAGUGACUACAUAAUUAAUAUCCAGGUAUUCUGUGAUAUUUGGAUAUAGGCUUCAACUUCUUCUAAACUUAUUUUAUACUUCAGACCACACAUUUGCAGUUCGUUGAUAAUGCUUUUGAUUGCAGCCUGAGAUAUUUCCAGGUUUAAAGCCAGGUUCACAUUUUGCUUUGAAGGGACAGAAAUUCUAAACAAAUACAGAUGGUCAGGCCAUAAACUUAAUUAAAAUUUCUGCUUUACUGGAUGUUACAUUAAAUAUGGCCAUAAUGCCAAGAGAAAUACAUGAAAAAUCCAUUUGCAUCCACAUCCUGCUGCUUCCACAUAGAAUGAAAUAACAGAAUGCUAAGAAGUAUGUGUUUGUGUGUAUGUGUGUGAGAACACAUGUGUAUUAAGCGAGUUCUCUCUUUUGGCUGUGUGGCCAUACUAGUCUCAUAUUUUGACUAAUAAAAGAUGUUUUUUAAAAAAAUUUUAAUUAA